CGCCCCGGCCGCCGGAGGAUCGAUUUCACUCAGUCAAGAUCCCUGCAACGUCCGCCAGCCAGGCGCUGGGGAUACGAACCCGCGAGGCGUGAGUCGGCCGCGGCGCUGAGCUCCGACUGGAACUGGAUUCCCAGCGCCUCGCUCAGUUCUCGGCCUAGAAUAAGUGCUCGAACGUCUGUGCGUUGCUUAGAAACUCUGCCUUUUGCAAACCGCUUCUUUGUUUCUUAGUUCCUGCAUCUGAAAAAUGGGUGUACUAACACCUUCAAGGGACUGUUGCGAAGAUUGGAAACUAUGUAUGCCUAAGAACGCACCUAUUAAACCCUGAAAGACUUCUUCCUGACCUCUACACCCCCUGGGACCCUCAAUGUUUCCACUCUGCCCCUCCCAAAGGUUCAGUGUUUUGUGUUCAAUGUCGAGUACAUGAAUUGCACCUGGAACAGCAGCUUUGAGCCCCAGCCCACCAACCUGACUCUGCAUUAUGGGUACAAGAACUUUAAUGAUGAUGAUAAACUCCAGGAGUGUGGCCACUAUCUGUUCUCUGAAGGGAUCACUUCUGGCUGUUGGUUUGGAAAAAAGGAGAUCCAUCUCUACCAAACAUUUGUUGUCCAGCUCCAGGACCCAUGGGAACACAGGAGGCAGCCCGAACAGUUGCUAAAACUGCAGGAUCUGGUGAUCCCCUGGGCUCCGGAGAAUCUGACACUUCGCAACCUGAGUGAAUUCCAGCUAGAACUGAGCUGGAGCAACAGACACUUGGACCAUUGUUUGGAGCACCUGGUGCAGUACCGGAGUGACCGGGACCACAGCUGGACUGAACAAGCCGUGGACUACAGACAUAGCUUCUCUCUGCCUAGCGUGGAUGCACAGAAAUUCUACACGUUCCGUGUUCGAAGCCGCUAUAACCCACUCUGUGGAAGCGCUCAGCAUUGGAGUGACUGGAGCUGCCCCGUCCACUGGGGCAGCAAUACUUCAAAGGAGAAUCCUGAGAAUCCUGAGACUCCUUCGUUGUUUGCAUGGAAAGCUGUGCUGAUCCCCCUUGGCUCCAUGGCAUUUAUCGUGAGCCUCAUCUGUUUGUACUGCUGGCUGGAACGGACGAUGCCCCGAAUUCCUACCCUCAAGAACCUAGAGGAUCUGGUUACUGAAUACCAUGGGAACUUUUCGGCCUGGAGUGGUGUGUCUAAGGGACUGGCGGAAAGUCUGCAGCCAGACUACAGUGAACGGCUCUGCCACGUCAGUGAGAUCCCCCCAAAAGGAGGGGAAGGGCCUGGGGGCUCCCCCUGCAGCCAGCAUAGCCCCUACUGGGCUCCUCCAUGUUACACCCUGAAACCUGAGCCCUGACACCCUGACAGAACCCCAGGGCCCUGUAGCCCUAAAUUGUACUAACUUGCCCUCGUCCAACCAACCUGGGUCCAGUGCUCACCUCGCCCCCCUGUGGCUGAUUUUGAAUUUUGUGCCCCCUAUAACUGCCUUCUCAUUCAAUAUCUCCUACUUGAGAAUUGCCCCUUUGCCCUGUCCAUGUUUCUCAUCUCCCCCAGCCCAGCCCUUCCUCCUCACAGCAUUGCUUCUGCUGUCCCUCCCUCCCUCCCCCUUUCCAUCUACCCUUCAACUG